AUGGCAGUACCCGCAAACAUCUCAAAAUCGAAGGAUGCCAUUUUGAUAGUGGCCACACUUAUAGCAACGGUGGCCUUCACAGCAGGUAUCACCAUGCCUGGUGGCUACAUUAAUGAUAACAAAGACCCGAACCAGGGAAUGGCAAUUCUAACAAGAAAAGCAGCUUUCAUAACUUUUGUGAUAACAGAUACCAUUGCCCUGACAUUAUCCGUUUUUGCAGUGCUUGGCCACCUCUCUACUAUGUUUGAUGACGACCCGAUUGUAGUAAAGAAGCAACAUAGUUUAGAUCUUACUGAUACUAUUUAUGCUAUGAUUGCAAUGUUGUUGGCAUUCAUUACAGGGACAUAUGCUGUGUUAGCACCUUCAAGGCUUUCUAUUUCAGUUUGUGUUCCUCCUCCUGCCGCCGAUUCCACCGUCUCUGAGUUCGAUCCCGUCGAUUCUGGCAGUGACCUUGAAGAAGACGGUUACUUCUUUCUCUUCCUCUUUAUUGGUUCCAUUCAUUCUGUUUUCUUCACAGAGGACGAUCAGAUAGCAGAGAUGGACGAAGAUCAAGACGUCUCCGGAGAGGACCAACUCGACGCCUUUACUGCUUUCGAGAGGGGCUUAGUUUCCAUUGCCGACGCUCACUUCUUCAACUCCUUUGAAGAGGACUUUGAUGACUCCGACAUCAACUGA